CCAUGGUGACUCCAAGGCUGACAAAGGCCCUGCGGGAUCGGGCUCUGCGGGGAGGCGUGCUGGGACCUGCUCUUCUGGGGGGCGUUGCUGAGGCGGGGGUAAUGAGCAGGUGGGGUUGCGGCGCAGACAGUGGGCCGAGCUCAGCGUCUGGCUGUGUGGAAAUGGCCGGGCCAGGGUUUCGGGGCCACCCUGCUGGACUUCUGCUGCUGCUACUGCUACCCCAGACCCUGACAGAGGGACCCCUGGUCUUUGUGGCUGUGGUGUUCCGCCAUGGCGACCGGGCCCCGCUGGCCUCCUAUCCCACUGACCCACACAAGGAGGCUGUAUCUACCCUGUGGCCACGUGGCCUGGGCCAGCUGACCGGGGAAGGGGUCCGCCAGCAGCUGGAGCUGGGCCGCUUCCUGAGCAGUCGCUACGAGGAUUUUCUGAGCCCCGAGUACCGGCAGGAGGAGGUGUACAUUCGCAGCACAGACUUUGACCGGACCCUGGAGAGCGCUCAGGCCAACCUAGCGGGGCUGUUCCCUGAGGCCGCCCCAGGGCGCUCCGAGGCCACCUGGAGGCACCCUGUGCACACGGUGCCCGUCACUGAGGACAAGCUGCUGAGGUUCCCUACACGCAGCUGUCCCCGAUACCGGGAGCUGCUGAGGGAGGCCACGGAGGCCGCCGAGUACCAGACGGCCCUAGAGGGUUGGACGGACUUCUUGACUCACCUGGAGAACUGCACGGGGCUGUCGCUGGUCGGGGAGCCGCUCCGCAGGGCGUGGAAAGUUCUGGACACUCUUAUUUGCCAGCAAGCCCACGGUCUCCCCCUCCCAUCCUGGGCCUCCCCGGAUGUCCUGCAGACACUAGCUCAGCUCUCGGCUUUGGAUACUGGGGCACACGUGGGCCCACCCGGGGCGGCAGAGAAGGCCCAGCUGUCUGGGGGAAUCCUGCUGGAUGCCAUCCUUGGCAACUUCUCUCGGGUGCAGCACUUGGGGCUGCCCCUCAAGAUGGUUAUGUAUUCGGCUCACGACAGCACUCUCCUGGCCCUCCAGGGGGCCCCGGGUCUCUAUGACGGGCACACACCGCCUUAUGCCGCCUGCCUCGGCUUUGAGUUCCGGAGGCGCCUUGGGGACCCGGAUGACGACGCAGGGAAUGUCACCAUCUCCCUCUUCUACCGCAACGACUCUGCUGGCUUACCCUUGACCCUCAGCCUCCCCGGGUGCCCGGCCGCCUGCCCCUUAGGUGGCUUCCGCCAGCUGAACCCCGCCCGGCCUCCGGCUCACGGGAUCCCCUGCCGUGGCUCCCACGAGCCCGCCACCCCCGCAGCCACCGUGGUGCCCCCGCUGGCUGGGGCUGGGGCCGUGCUGGCAGCCCUCAGCAUGGGGCUGGGCCAGCUGGCCUGCAGAGCCGGCUGCCUGCGGGCCUGGGGGGGCCCCGUGUGA